AUGACUACGAACCCGGCAUCACGGAAGACCACAAACCUGGUCGCCAACCCCAAUGUAUCCCUUCUUGUCCACGAUUGGGUCUCCCAUCGACCACCUACUCACGGCCGCCGACCAUCUGGUGGUUCUCCUGGCCCAGAGCACCGAUCGAGUCUCGCCUCACUCCUCUUGAACCUCAACACUUCAGCACUCUCUAGCAUCAGUGCAACCAUAGGAGGUGCCGCUCGUCUAGUGCCUAGCGGAACAGAUGAAGAAAAGUAUUACCGCGAGCAGCAUCUGGAGAACAAUACUUUCGAUGAGUCCGCGGCUCAGCCUUUCCAGCGGGACAACGGACCUGUCGAGGAUGGAGGCCGCAACUGCUUUGUAGCUGGUGAGGAAGUAAGAGUUGUUUCGGUCGAUAUCAAGGAUGUACGCAUUAGCGAUUGGAAGGGUACUGUAAGAGACUGGGCGAUCGUACCAGAAGGUCACCUGGUCAACGGAACUCAGCAAGAAUGA